AUGUCGGUCAACAGACGGAAAGUGGCGACUAUCAGCGGCGUGCGCAGCAAGUUGGAGCGAUACUGCCACCACGGUGACAAGAUGCGCGAGAACAACCUCUCACAUGACGAACUGAUGCUCAUGUGCCAGGAACGCCCAAACUAUUGUUCCCUCGGCAAGGUCUUGCGGCAGAGAUUGCUUAUAUUCUUGAAGACUGAACCUGAGGAGGCAGCGAUUUGGAGAAGGACGCUCACCGACAAGUUUCCAGAGUGGCUUGAUCUUCCUUACAAGCAGGAAGACGGGCCCCAGCAUUUCCUCCACGACUGGGAGAUAUUCAAGUCACUGGGGUGGAUUGGGGAGUGUCCACUGAGGCCUGGUAUCCUCCCCGCUACGGAGCAAGGAUCUAGCGACAAAAUGACCCUGCCUGACACACAGCUUGACAGGCUGGUAGCUGUUAACAUCCUGGUUGAGUCUCUCGUUAGGGAUAGGUUGAAGGAGGAGAGGAGGACUGCCGACGACUGCCGCUAUGUCAACGCUGCUGAUCAUCAGAUUCAAUGGCCUAGCCGCCUUUCCUCGUGGCAUCGCAAGCAGUCCCAAGCAAAGGCCCCGGCUAGACAGCAAAGUCUGGAGGAGAGCGAGCACGCAUCCCGCAGAACCCCAGAAUCACUGACAUGCUACUCUUGCUUCAAGACUCACUUGAACAAGGGGUUUCCCGUCUGUCCCACCUCCUCAACGGCUCCCAUCCGCGUCAGAAGCUCAACCAUCAGGGACCCCAGCCGAGAGAGCGCACAAGCGUCAACGACGGACUUAUGCGUACUCAUAAUCGUCGUCAUCGGAAUACAAUCCAGAUUCUGUUUCACUGGCGUCGUCGUCACCAUUGUCAUCGCUAGCGGAUGA